AUGCCAUCCAGAACGGAAUCUGGACCGCUUCUUUAUGCGGAAUUGCUACCAAAUAUCCGUCAGAUAACAUUGCAUGUGUCUUUGCCCGCUUCCUCGCGUUUAGCUCAGAGUUCCAUCACAUCCGAUACUCCAGGGGAUCUUGUCCGAGGCAAUUUCUCUCUUUCUCUUUUGCCGUCCCGCGACGCUGUUUCUCUCUACAGCUCGCACACUGUACAUACACUACCCCUACCGGCAUGCGUCUCAGAAUCAGCGCACACAAUUCUCUCCACAAAGCUGACGCCAAACCCUCCUGGUGCUGGACAUGGCGAACUGCUGUUCCGACUGCCAGUCGAUGUUGAGGCGGGCCUCCCAGGAGCCUCCCAACCGGCAAAUGGUCAGCCUGGCCAUGGAAGCAAUGAAGUCCAGGUUCCAUGGACGGCCAAGGAUAUGUGCGCUGAAUCCCGCGUUCGAUGCCAACGGUGCAAGAACACUCUUUUCACUCCGUCGGAUAAAGGAAAGGUUACGUGGAAAGACCUACCUAGUACGGACUGGGCUGAAAUGAUGGAUUUAUGGCAUUGCCAUAAACCUGAUACGCAUGCUGAUGAUCAUGGCGACGCAGCGGUUGGUACCGUAUUGCAUACCCACGAUGAAAAUGAAACCGUUAAAGGGUAUGGUGCUUCCAACCAAGUUGUUUGUACCUCUGGGACAGUUUUGAUUGACGUUUUGUCCUUUGUCAUGGCUGAGGGCGAUUGCCAGGGACUACAAAAAUCGAAAAUUGCUGGGAAUCCCCGCAAGGGAUUCCGCGCCUCCGAUUACCUGGUACUUUCCCCAACCGCAGCCCAAUCCAUCAUGAUGAAGGAAGCUAGGAAAUGGGAGAAUAGAGGGCCAAAUCAAAUGUCCGGUAGUAGUAUUCGCUCCGAGAUCCUCCCACUGUCUUCUACCUCUCGACACAUUGGAAACGGGAAUCAGCCGGCUAAUGAGACUAAAUUCCAACCAGUGGUCGAUUUGUCGUGUUCCCGCUGCAGCGCUGUAGUAGGAGAAGAGCACAAGGCUUUUUCUGGCUUGAGACUAUACAAAGCAAACGUUUCCCUCUUGCGGAAACCCAAGGACGGCAUCAAUUCUGACCAUGAUGUGUGGGAGACGUACCCAGUAGACAUGAUCGUGGGAACCCAGUUGCUGGAUCUGGUUGAGAGAGUUGGAGCGAGGAGAUUUGCUGUUCACAGUGCAGAAUAUACAGAUACGAGCAGUCGAGAUAACAAAAUAGGAUUGCUGCUAUGGGUGUUCAAUCCGGAUCUUCGCUAUUCCAGUUUGCUCCUGGACUCUACUACUGAUAAAGUCGCAUCGAUUACUUCCCAGCGGGCUAUGAAAAUACUGUACCAAGAAGUCCAAGAUGUCCAGUCGAUGCUAAAUCCAGCGCAAGGCGUACCGUCACCAGCUGCGCUGGAAGAAGUAAGCCUUCCACCCAAUAUUUAUGACGGCGUCAAACAGACUCUCGAGAGGACCAGUGAAGCUCUUCCCAUCUCUGCACGCCUCGUUCUCCGUCCUGGCCCUAUAUUAUCUCCGUAUAGUUCCGCAUUGAAUUCCAACAUUGAAUGUCCUGACGUUGAAGACUCGGACGCCGGGAUUCCCUUCGUGGGCCCUAACGACAGCAGCACCAACUAUGCUUAUUGUAUGGGUCUCUCGGGCAACGACCCCCUUAUGACCAGCGUGGCCGGCUAUCAUGCCCAGAAUGAUAGGGGAUACGAAGCAGACAAUGAUUUGCCUGCUCCAACAUUGGCACCUGGUCAUACUCCCGUUCCCACUUCAUCCCUGAUGCAAAUCAAUGCCACUAUUCCGAUUGCUGUCGGAGGAACUUCGUCUCUUGCUUUCGAUUCCAGAAUCGGAUUCAAAUUGGGACCGCAGAAUGAUACCGCUGUCUCUGGCUCUUGA